AUGUCGUUCUCCACGGACAUUCGAAGAAGGAAAAUACAGGUGACUUUAUCUGAUUUGAAGAGGUUCAUUCGGAUCGAGAAUGAGAUUUGGACUCGCACAAAGAAUGAGCUCCUAGCUAAGCAGAAUGCAUCUGCUAACAUGGUGAUAACUCCCAGCAAAGUCACUGGUUGGUGGUUAGAUACAGGUGCUACCUGUCAUGUCUGCUCCAACAGAGAUUUGUUCUCUUUCUAUGUUGCUGUCAAAGAGAACGUAUCAAUGGCUGAUCGUUCUAUUGUUCCUGUUCUUAGAACUGGGACUGUGGUGCUGACUCUUUCUUCAUGGAAGACUCUCAUAUUGAAGGAUAUGAAAUAUGUUUCCUCAAUUGCCAAAAACUUAGUCUCUGGAAGCCUGCUGUGUGACGCCGAUACUUAUGAUUUCAAGAGCUUCGUUACUCGAGGCGGCAUGAAGUACUUCAUCACCUUCAUUGAUGACCACUCUCGCUUAUGCAAUGUCUACCUGCUGAAAUCUAAAGAUAAAUCCUUCAACAAGUUUGUCGAGUUUCGGACUCGAGUGGAGAAGCAGCUUGGACUUCAGGUAAAAAGAUUCAGGAGUGACAGAGGAGGGGAGUACCUAUCUAAGGAGUCAGAGGCAUACUUCAAAGAGCAUGGAAUCAUUGCUGAAAUUACUGCUCCAUAUUCUCUGCAAUCUAAUGGAAUUGUAGAAAGGAAGAAUCACACAUUGACCAAGAUGGCCAGCUCAUCAAGCCAGCUCUUCUCCUCUCGCCUCCUCCUCCUCCUCACUAUCCUCCCUCUAACCCUAGCUCUCUUCGCCUUCAUCCUCCAAUGGCGUGGAGGCCUCGACGAUCCCGCGUCGAGGUGGCCCGUCGACAACCAGAAGUUUCCUGGGAUGGAUAACAGUCCUCUAGGAUCGUCGUUGUCGACGGCUCACGCGAUUUCGUCGUCGUCGAGCUCUUCGGAUUGUCUCCAGAUCCUUGGACGGAGCGCGUCGCCGUCGUUUCCUUAUUAUAGGGGUUGGAAUUUUGAUUUGGAGAAGAACCUGAGACCUAAGAUAUGCAUUACGUCGAGUACUUCAGCUAGCUUAGAGCAAAUUCUGCCCUGGAUGUUUUACCACAAGGUUCUUGGAGUGACAAACUUCUUUCUGUUUGUAGAAGGAAAGGCUGCAAAACCCGAUGUUUCAGCAGUUCUAGAAUCUAUUCCUGGGGUAAAAGUGAUCUACAGAACUAGAGAACUCGAGGAUAAACAGGCUAAGAGUCGUAUUUGGAACGAGACGUGGCUGGCAGGCUUCUUUUACAAACCUUGCAACUACGAGUUAUUUGUAAAACAAUCACUCAACAUGGAGAUGGCUAUUGUUAUGGCACGGAAUGCUGGCAUGGAUUGGAUCAUCCAUCUAGAUACUGAUGAAUUGAUGCAUCCAGCUGGGGCUCCAGAAUAUUCUUUAAGGAGGUUGCUUGCAGAUGUACCUAGCAAUGUUGACAUGGUUAUCUUUCCGAACUAUGAAAGUAGCAUCGAGCGAGAUGAUGUAAAAGAUCCCUUCAGUGAGGUCUCCAUGUUUAAGAAGAACUAUGACCAUCUUCCAAAGGAAACUUAUUUUGGCUUGUACAAGGAAUCAACCCGUGGUAAUCCUAACUACUUUCUAACUUAUGGUAAUGGAAAAUCAGCUGCUCGAAUUCAAGAUCAUCUUCGUCCUAAUGGUGCACAUAGGUGGCACAAUUAUAUGAAAACUCCAAAUGAAAUUAAAUUGGAGGAGGCUGCAGUUCUGCAUUACACAUACACCAAGUUCUCAGACUUGACUUCUCGACGUGAUCGUUGUGGCUGCAAGCCUACGAAGGAGGAUGUUAAAAGAUGCUUUAUGUUAGAUUUUGACAGAGAUGCUUUUAUCAUUGCAUCCACUGCCACUGAAGAGGAAAUGUUGCGCUGGUUUCGUGAGCAUGUUGUAUGGACUGAUAAACAGUUAAAUCUGAAACUUCUAAGAAAGGGUAUCUUGACCCGCAUAUAUGCACCAAUGGCUAUCAUUCAAGGGCUGAGAGAAGCUGGGACUUUCAGCUCCGCGAUUGCAUCGGCACAUUUGCACUCCAAGAAAUCCUUGCCAUCCAUGGAGGAAAAGAAAUCCUCAGAUACUGCCGGAUCCGCAAAUACUAAGGAAGACAGUACAGUAUCUCAUGCGAUUAAUAGAAAGAUUUUGGAGUUCUCUGACAUUUUUGAGAAAGCAGUUCCUCCAAUAUCUCCCCCUGGUCUGGAUAGUGUCCAUCUGUGAGUGUAAUUAUGAUUGCUCCGUGUGCUUCUUUGGUUUCACAAGUCUGGAGAUUUAGAAAAUUCCGUACAUCGGAUUUAGCUGAUAGAACCAAGAAGACAUGGCAGUUUCUUUGAGAUAUUUAUGGGAUGCUAAUAUUCCAUUGAGAUGAGUUUCUUCCCGAUCACUUUACCCAAGCGUUGAUUUACAUAUUUCUUGAGUCACUUAGUUUUGAAGCUUAGAGCAUAUUUAUACCUGGGGAUUGGUUGUGUGAUUUGUUUGCAUCGAUGUCCCCAAUGGAAUCACCAUUGUGUUCCAAAUUUAUAUGUACAGUAAUUGAUCAGGGCUUUUGUAUUGAUAUUCACGCGUCAUGCGGGUGAUGUACAGUAAUUGAUCAGGCCUUUCGUAUUGAUGAUUAUAAUUUUGGCUUUAUUUUU